UUUUUUUUUCGAUCGAAGUAGGAAGCUUUUUGCACUACACCGGAGAGGGGGAGCCACCCGCCGCCGCCGCCACCGUGCAGCAGCAGCAGCAGCGGCGGCAGCUUCGGCGGCAGCGGCAGUAGCAGCAGCCGCCCCACACUCAGCCCCGCGUCGGGAGAGCUAUGAGCCGGAGCCGGGCCGCCGGGGAGUGAGGGAGCCGAGGGGGCGAGGAGGGCGAGUUGCGCAGCUGCUCUUGCGCACAGCCCCAGCAGCGCCGCCGCCGCCGCCAGCCCCGCACUGGCAUUGGAGUGCGAGAGGCUCGUCCUGAGCUCCCGGGCAGCGGGGAGGAGGAGGAGGAGGAGGAGGAGGAGGAGGAGGAAGCGGAGGCCACACAGGGACCCAACUGAAACAAAGUGUCGGCAACCCGGCGGCGGCGGCGGCCCCGGCCCCCUCCUCUCCCCCCGACCCCGACCCCAACCCCUCUUCCCUCCCUCAACUCCGCCCGGGGACUCCCGCCUGGCCGCCCACCAUGGCUUCCGAAGAGCUCUACGAGACUGGACCCCCUAAUCACAGUUAGCUGUUCCACAGAUGCAUGCUCUUAAUGGUCACAAAGGUGGUGGAAAGAAUCGUUGACAAGAGAAAAAACAAGAAAGGAAAAACAGAGUAUUUGGUUCGAUGGAAAGGCUAUGACAGUGAAGAUGAUACUUGGGAACCUGAACAGCAUCUUGUGAAUUGUGAGGAAUAUAUACAUGACUUUAACAGGCGUCACAACGAAAAACAAAAGGAAAGCACAUUAACCAGAACAAAUAGGACCUCUCCAAACAACGCUAGGAAACAAAUUUCCAGAUCUACCAAUAGCAGUUUUCCAAAAACGGCUCCCAAAUCACUUGUUAUUGGGAAAGACAACGAUUCAAAAAAUAAUCAAUUAUUUAAUGCCAGCCAGAAGUUUAGGAAAAACACAUCACCAUCUCUUUCAAGCCGAAAAAAUAUGGACCUUGCAAAAUCUGGUAUUAAAAUUCUGGUUCCCAAGAGUCCUAUUAAGAGUAGGACAGCAGUUGAUGGCUUUCAGAAUGAGAGCCCCGACAAAUUGGAUCAAAUUGAACAAGAUCAAGAAGAUUCUGUAGCCCCAGAAGUGGCAGCAGAAAAACCAGUUGGAGCUUUAUUGGGUCCUGGUGCAGAAAGAGCUAGAAUGGGAAGCAGGCCAAGAAUACACCCAUUAGUGCCUCAGCUGCCUGUCCCUGUGACAGCCACAAUUGCCUCAGGAUUAGCAAUCAAUGGGAAAGCAACUCCCUGUAUUCUUCCCAGUGUUCUUUACUUCCUAUUUUCUUGUACCUCUGCCCUUAUGGAUACAUUAGCAGCCAAUGGAACAACCAAUAUACAAACGUCUGUUACAGCAGUGACAGCCAGUAAAAGGAGGUUUAUUGACGACAGAAGAGACCAGCCUUUUGACAAAAGGCUGCGUUUUAGUGUGAGACAAACUGAAAGUGCUUACAGAUACAGAGACAUUGUGGUUAGAAAGCAGGAUGGCUUCACCCAUAUCUUAUUAUCAACAAAAUCAUCAGAAAAUAAUUCAUUAAACCCAGAGGUAAUGAAGGAGGUCCAGAGUGCACUGAAUACAGCUGCUGCUGAUGACAGUAAGCUUGUGCUCCUUAGUGCAGUUGGGAGUGUCUUCUGCUGUGGUCUUGAUUUUAUUUAUUUCAUUCGGCGUUUAACAGAUGAUAGAAAAAGAGAAAGCACUAAGAUGGCUGAAGCUAUCAGAAACUUUGUAAAUACCUUUAUACAGUUUAAGAAGCCCAUCAUUGUAGCAGUAAAUGGCCCUGCCAUUGGACUUGGAGCAUCCAUAUUGCCUCUUUGUGAUGUAGUUUGGGCUAAUGAAAAAGCUUGGUUUCAAACACCAUAUACUACAUUUGGGCAGAGUCCAGAUGGAUGUUCAUCACUUAUGUUCCCGAAGAUAAUGGGACUGGCAUCUGCAAAUGAAAUGUUAUUCAGUGGAAGGAAGUUGACUGCGCAAGAGGCUUGUGCCAAAGGACUGGUCUCUCAAGUGUUUUGGCCGGGGACAUUCACACAGGAAGUAAUGGUUCGAAUUAAGGAACUUGUCACAUGUAAUUCAGUUGUACUUGAAGAAUCCAAAGCUUUAGUACGGAGUAUCAUGAAGGUGGAUUUAGAACAAGCAAAUGAAAAGGAAUGUGAUGUUUUGAAGAAAAUCUGGGGUUCUGCCCAAGGAAUGGACUCUAUGUUGAAAUACUUACAAAGGAAAAUUGAUGAAUUUUGAUUGGCAAAAAUGACACUGGAACUGUGUUUAGUGGGACAUCAGUGGCUCUGAGAUGCCAUCACUCAUUUAAAAUCCAGAAACAAGUUUACUCAUAGCUUAAAAAAAAAAAGGCUUGCAAAUAAGACUGGAAAAAGUCAA